UUCUACACUAUUUGGAUCAGGUGUUUCCAUCCACAUAAUGGAGUUGACUGAAGAACAGCUGCAGACAGCAGAGAGACAAUUGAAAGACCUCUUUCCCCAGUCUCAACAAAUUUAUGGUUACAUUGCCCUCAGGAACAGAGUUAAAUCUGACCCAAUUCACGUUAUAGUGGACAGCUGGCCAGACUAUGUUAUUUUAUGCAAACCACAUUACAGAAGGGUGACCUCUUUAACCUCCGUGGAUGAAUCACACAUCGAUCUAAUAAACAGCUUCUGGAAAUUCGGGGAAAAAGAGCAUAGCGUCAGAAUGAUCCAAAACAUGAUUCUGCACUUCCCGUCUGGUUGUGUGCUGGACACAGAGGGCCAUCCUGUGGCCUGGAUCCUCACCUACCCAUCAGGUGCUAUUGGAAUGCUGUUCACACGGCCUCAACACAGAGGGAAGGGCUAUGCCAAAGCCCUGGUCGGCAGCGCGGCCAGGAGACUCCACGCUCAAGGCCUCGCAGUGUACUGCUUCAUUGAGGAGGAAAACGCACUGUCCUAUGGGCUCUUCACAAGCCUGGGAUUCACAGAACCCUCGUACAGGGCAGCCUGGUUUGUUUUCAACAGUUUGUGACCACAGAGCUCUGGUAUGGUAAAAGAAAGUAGGCUGACAGAAGUGGAACUUAAUAUGUGUGAAGAUCACAAAAUGAACUUACAAAAAAAAGGGUUGUAUAAUGCAUAGACUUGGAAUGGAAAUGAGUCUUCCAUCAAGCUUUGACUAUGUGAAUUAUGUGACAAGAACAUUUUUAAACAAAAUCACGCUGUUAUUGCUCUAUUCGUUGUAAAUUAUUUAUAUUAAUUAUUGAUUGAUGUAUACCGUCUACUACACAGAAUACAACUUUGUGAAGUACUGCAAACAAAGUUUUAGCGAAUAAUGCUGACAUCUAGUGGUGAAACCGGGGUUUAUUUCAUGGUCUGAAACACGUUUGAUGAGAAAUGAAACAAUUCUAAUGUAUUUUUAACACAACUGAAAGAGAUUAUUUGCGGAAGAAGUCAAGAAAGUAGGAAAGUAAAUGCCCAUCCCAACCACAGAGGACGUAAAUAAAUUGACAUUUUGUUCACUAUUAGAAAAAGAAGAAGUGAAAAUAGACGAAACUGUCCACACCAUUUUCUGUUAAAGAACGCAGCCUUUAAAAUAAAGUUUUUUUUAACAAUAUCUAAUAGA